AAAAAUGGCGGUGGCACUGUCACCAGAUCAAGAAUUGGCAACAAAAGCGUUCUUAGACGCGCUAAGCGAGUCAGGCGCGACGUGUGUGUCGCGGGCGACCGCUAUCAAGUUUUUGUUUGCGCGAAAGUUUGACGUAAUUCGUGCACAUGCGUUGUGGCGGCAACAUGAGGCUACACGUCGCCGCGAGGGACUCAAUAAGUUUGAACCCUUCGAAGAUCCUCUUAAGACGGAACUGGAUACUGGCAAAUUUACUAUAUUGCCAACCCGGGACGCUACAGGAGCCGCAAUAGCAGUGUUUACUGCUAACAAACAUUUUCCAUCUCUAACCACCCAUCAGACUACGUUACAGGGAGUGGUGUACCAGUUAGACGUGGCGCUACAGUCGCUCGAGACGCAGCGCGCGGGACUCGUAUUCAUUUAUGACAUGACCGACUCAAAAUACACUAAUUUUGACUACGAGCUGUCACAGAAGAUUCUCACUCUGCUAAAGGGCGGCUACCCGGCAAAGUUGAAGAAAGUGUUGAUUGUGACGGCGCCAUUGUGGUUCAAAGCCCCGUUCCGCAUCCUGCGGCUAUUCGUGAGAGAGAAGUUGCGGGAGCGCGUGCACACGGUGAGCGCUCCGCAACUGGGCGUGCACGUGCCGCGUGCCAGUCUGCCGCGGCAACUAGGUGGGCAGCUAGACCCUGAUCACGCCGCGUGGUUGGAACAUUGUAAAAAUUGCUACACAAACAACAUUCAGAGUUCAAAGUUGGACGGAAUUAUAGACGAAUAUGUAAUAAGCAAUCACAUACCCGCAGCCAAGCCACAAAAUGGUAUAAUUGAGCACGAGGUCGGAUGUGAUAUGACAAGCGACAGUGCGGCGCGCCUGUGCGACAAGUCUGCAGACAUGCACAUAAGCGGCGACCCGCCAUACACCUGCGACACUAGCCCGCUCAGACAUACACACGGCUAUAAUGGCGAUAUGAAGAGCAGGCACAUAAAUUCAGGAGACGAAGAUGACUUAGAUAUAAGCACGCGCGGCACGUGGUCGUCAGGUGAGGUGUCCCCGGGUCUGUCGGACGAGGAGUGCGGCGGCGGCGGCGGUGAGAGCGCGGGAGCGCUGCUGGCGCGCGUGCGGGCGAUGAGACGCCGCGGACUGGUCGCCGAGUACGACGAGAUACGAGCCCGCCCGCCGCACGGCACCUUCCAUCACGCCAAAUUGCCCAGUAACCUCGCCAAGAACCGCUAUACAGACGUGUUGUGCUACGAUCACUCGCGCGUGCUACUAUCACAGACCGAUCCUGAUGAUCCCACUACGGAUUACAUAAACGCUAACUACGUCGACGGGUACAAACAGAAAAAUGCCUUCAUCUGCACACAAGGUCCUUUGCCCAAAACGUUUGGCGACUUCUGGCGGAUGGUAUGGGAGCAGGGCACGCUCGUGAUAGUGAUGACGACGCGCGCGGUGGAACGCGGUCGCGUCAAGUGUGGACAGUACUGGCCACUCACUGUGGGCGCGCGUGCCACAUACGCCGGGUACGCGGUCACCAACGAGGCGGUCGAGCAGGAGGACGAUUACACAGUUACACAUCUACUACUCACCGACCUUAGGACGGAGCAGUCGCGUCGCGUGUGGCACGGACAGUACACGCGGUGGCCGGACUACGGCGUGCCGGGCGGUGGUCGCGCGCUGCCGGUACUGCGGUUCCUGCAGCAAGUGAGGCGCGCCCAGCACGCCGCUAGAGCAGACUUAGGAGACGCGUGGGCGGGACACAGUAGAGGGCCACCGAUUAUAGUUCACUGUUCUGCGGGUAUCGGACGGACAGGCACGUUUCUAACGCUGGACAUUUGCACGAUGCGCCUAUCAGCGGAGGGCGUGGUGGACGUGCGCGGCACAGUGGAGCGAGUGCGGGCACAGCGGGCCCACUCCAUACAAAUGCCAGAUCAGUACGUGUUCUGCCAUCUCGCCGUGCUAGAGUACGCGGUAAUGCACGGGUAUUUAGAAUCAGCGGAUCUGUCCGGGUUCGAUGACGAUACGGAAGAGUCGGAAUGAAGACUGUCGCGGCCGCCCUGCGUCCUGUUGUAGGCGCCCGCCUUCGUCCGCGCCCUGAUUACUAAGUUCAAAAUUGGAUGCCGAAGUUAGUUUUUUUCGUUAAAAUGUGAAAAACUGCUGUGUGUACAAUAGGAAUAACAAUUUAAUUUGAAGCGGACUAUUAAAAAGAAGUGCCUAUAGCGAAAUAAAUGAUCCGGUUUAAUUUUUUGGUCUUUACCUAUGACAAUGUUUUGAUAAUUGUUUAUAUAUAUAUUUUAUUGGAACUUGCACAGAGUUACUUUUUAUCUAUCUAGGAUUACGAUUAAUGCCAGUGUCAUCUUGUUUUUUUUAUUUGUAAAAUACGAAAAUUAUCAGUCGUCGAUUUCAUAGGUAAAGACCCGAUAUUGUCCUCAUACUCUUACGGCUUUCCGAUACAUAUACAGCAAGGUCGUAAGGGUUGUUAACAGUCACCGGUGAAUAUUACUCAAUAUGUGUAUUAAUGUAUAAGCCUACAUUACAUGAGGAGGGCCGGAGUUAUAUAACGGAGGGCGCACGCUAGAAUAAGAUUAGUGAAUAUAUAUGCGGAAGGACGUUCCCCGCAGUGCGAGUUUGCCGAGCUAUCCUGUUCUCUGAAAGCAGACCUCGUGAUUUGAGUAUUUAUUUUGCAUUAUAAAUCAGUUUUGUAACCAAAAAUAUUUCCGUAAUUAUUUAGUAUUCUAUUUAUUUAAAUAAGAAAUAUGGCUGUGUGAAGUUUUCGUCUGUAAUUUGUAUAGUUAUAUGUUUGUUUUGUUAUGAAUGAUAGAAAACACGCCUCGUUCUGAAAAAAAUUAAACGCAUUGGAUUUUUACCCGACUGCAAAGGAAGGGUUAUUAUAAUAUAAAUUUUUAUAUGUGACGAAGACGAGAGUUUGAUACGUUUUAUAAAGUGGAGGUGCUGGUAGUGUAAUACGUUCAUGUCUCGACUGUCAUCCGAUUGUUUCAUUCAUAAACUUGUAUUGUAGUAAUAUUAACGUUUUUUAUAUUCGCUGAAAUUGCCGUCUCUUGGAUUUUGCACUGAAUCGUGAAUGAUACGAAUUAUUAUAUAAAAUAAUUUAUAAAUGCGCAGGCUAUUUCACUCUCUGAUACUUUGGACUAUAACGACGUAUUUCGUGUAACAGCGCGUGAGUGAAAUAUCUGCUCUUCCAUAGACUGAGUAAAGUUAAUAUGCUCCAGAAUUUUACAAACGGCGUUAUAAUUUAAAGAUAUUUAGGUCAUUAUCGCACAUCAAUUUAGUUAAGGGUGAUGAAAUUUUAUCAAUGAAAAAUAUGAUCAAUGUUAAAUUUAACGAAACUAAAAUAUAAUAAAUAACAAAACGAACUAUUUACAUAAAUUAUAGAAAUAUUUUGAACGGCAAAUGCAUUAUUUAUUUUUCAAACAGUGUAUUAGCGACAUAUCUAUAGUUAACCAAUAAAUCACCGUCCUCUCGCGCAACUUACAUAUCGCCGUAGUCAUUUUGUAAUAUAUUUUGAUUUGCAACUUCCUGCACAAUGUAAUAAAAUAUUUCAGUGAUUAUCUGUAAACCUAUAUCUGUAAAACUUUUAAAAUUACAGCCAACUAAUGAAAUCAAAAUUAUGGAGCAUACUUUCUAGGUUUUGACAGUUUUCUGUUGCGCUAAAUUAUAUUUAGAUAUUGGUGAUGAUUUUUUGAAAGCUUUUUACGGAGUGAUGAUUUUCGCAACAGAAAAUAUUUUGUCUCGAUCUAGCAAAUUUUAGAAUUAAAGUUUCUCUUAUUAUUUAAGACUAAUAAAUUGUUGAUCUGACAGCACUGUUGAUGAUGUAUCUGUAAAUAUUAUUUUUCUGUUAUACCUAAAUUAAAACCUUGUGUAAUAAAGAAAAAACUUGUAAUAUAU